CCCAACACUGGUCUCAAGCCUCCAUUAUUAAUGCUCACGAGUACUUCGAAGACGCUACACGUUAAUAAGUCGGUUGCAUUGUUUAUUGCAUAGUUCGCAUUAUUCGUUGUAUUUGAGUAUACCAUAACGAGAUGGAUAUACUGAAAGCAGAAAUAAUGAGGAAACGCAAGGAGUUGGAAGACAGUCAUGUACUGGAGAACAAUCAGAAAUACUUCAAGCGAAGUAAAUUAAUAUCGAAGGAACAAGAAGUGCAAGAAACUGACAAGAGGAACAACGAAGUCACACUCUCGAGUAUGAGUCAACGCUCGGAGGCGUGUGUAGCAGAUAGUUCUGAGCAUCUGAUGUUAUCAAGACAAGAAGUAAUCAGACGAUUACGUGAACGAGGAGAACCCGUAUUAUUGUUUGGGGAAUCCGAGGUAGAAGCAUUCAAGAGACUAAGGAAAUGCGAAAUUUUGGAGCCAGAAGUAAAUAAGGGCUUCAGAAACGAUUUUCAAGAGGCUAUGGAACAGGUGGAUCAAGCAUAUCUCAAUGAAAUCUUGACAUCAUCCAAGUCUCAAAGUCUGGAUGGUAAAGGAGAUGUAAAUGUGCCUGACGAAGGUGUUACUUACGAAGAUAUAGAAAAGAUGUCGACCAAAUUAAACAAGGGAGACAAGGACUUUGACAUGAAUGUCAUCACUCUGUUCGUGCAAUAUCUGGUCCAGAUGUGGGGCAUUCAACUGAACAGUAGAACAGGCACUGAAAAGAUGGGCACCAAAGGCAAGAUGAACAGCGCUACUUACGCCCAAACGAGAGAGUAUUUGAAACCACUUUUGAGGAAGUUGAAGAACAAGUCUCUCCCGGAAGAUAUAACUGACAGUUUAACAGAGAUUGUUAAACAUUUACUGCAACGUAACUAUAUACUGGCUAGCGACGCCUAUUUGCAAAUGGCUAUAGGUAAUUCUCCGUGGCCUAUCGGCGUAACCAUGGUCGGUAUCCACGCGCGUACUGGAAGAGAGAAGAUCUUUUCGAAGAAUGUUGCUCACGUUAUGAAUGAUGAGACACAGAGGAAGUAUAUCCAAGCACUCAAGAGGUUGAUGACUAAGUGUCAGGAGUACUAUCCUACGGAUCCUUCGCGUUGCGUAGAAUAUUCAAAAAAUUAAAUACUUAGAUAAAAAAAGUGUAUGUGAUAAUGUACAAAAUGGAGCAGAAUAUAUUUUAAGUUUGUAUUUGUAGUUAAGGAUUUCAUUGUAAGAUAACGUAAUAAUGAAUAACAUGACAUAAAUUACUAUAUAUCUUAUUACAAGAUGUAAAAUGUUAAUAAUUUAUAAUUUUUUAAAUAACCAAAUAUUAGAAUUAUAGGAUAAUAUAAUAUUAGGAUUAGGAUUAUAGGAUAUUAA